GCCGCGGAGCGUCUUUUAAAUGCCGCGCGCGAAGCUUUUUUAAAUGCGAAAUAAAAAAUAUAUAAUUUAACUGAUUAAAAGUGACACUAAAUGAGAGUCAGUUAAAUUAAUUAAAUAACUUUUAGUCUGCAAAAGUAUCUCACUUACAAUAUCUCAAAUACAAUAUUGAAAGCUCAGUGAACCCGUACAGGACAAAGUGAGCGAAAAUCCAUACCGGAAAUAGCGAUAAAAAUGCUUCCGAUUAGCUGGGCGAUCCUGUUGCUCCUUCUGUCCUUCGGUGUGGUGAGUGCUGUUCGCCAGCUGGAGGAGAAUCAGAGCACCAAGAAUGAUCACCUGCACUCCACGGAGCGUCAGGUGCGAAGGAGGACCAAUAAGAGCAAUGCCACGGUGGAUCAUCAGCGUCACCUGGCCGGAGGAGGAGGAGGUGGAGGUGGAGGAGGAGCAGGAGGAGCCAAGAAAAAUAGCCGGAGACCAACGGAGGCAUCUUCUGUGAGCCUGGAUUCGGAUGACUACGAUUGGCUGGAGGCGGACACCAGCGAGGCCGUCGAUAGCUCCGAAACGACGGCUGUGGGAACUGUGAGAGCUUCUGGAGAAUCGCCGGAUAUCUUCACAUGUUGCAAUCAGGUCUUUGGCUCAUGUCGCACAGCAUGCGAAAAUUUAUCUCUGGUUGAAUAUGCCACUGGUGGCACUGCUGAUAGUCGCGAGGAGCUGCGAAAAUAUUGUCAACUCCACCAGGUGGAGUUCUGGACCUGCAUCAACCAGACCCUCGAUGCGGUAUCCCGCGGUGCGGACUGGUCAGGCAGGCGUUGCUGCCAAUUUGGGGUUCUGCCACAUUGUCGCAAUGCCUGUGCCUCCUCCAGCCAUUCACCUGUGCACACCUGCCGGCGCAGCGAUGAGCAGACGCUGUACGAUUGCCUGGAGCGCCAGGAGGCGGCGGAUCAGUGCUGUGGUCAGGCACGAACUUCCGAGUGUCUAGAGGCCUGUCGUGCUGUCUUUGAGCCCUCGAAUGAUAAUCAGGAUCAUGUGGACAUAAAUGGAGCCUGUGGUGAGCGCAAUUUGGACGUGGUGCAGUGCAUCCACAAUCACACGGAUAUGACACCGCUGACCAAUGCCGAGCAGUAUAUACCCUGCUGUGAGUAUAGCAACAAGGAGCAUUGCCGUCACACCUGCCGCAAUUUACUUCGCCAAAACUCCACCAGAAUGGAGAGGAGCGAGGUGAUCUUCUCGCGUCUGGAGGCAGCCGGUUGUGGGUCUCCUCUGCCGCAGUUACCCUUCUGGCAGUGCUUCCUCACGGUCACUGGGAAGCUGUAUGUACCGGGGGGCUCGGGAAGAGCUGGAGGUUCCCCCUCCCAGAGCCGGCUGGGUGGUAAGGGAGGUGUAACCCUCGGGGAGCCCAAUCAUCUGGGCAUGGAUGCUGCCAAGAGGCAGUGCUGCGAGCAGGCUGGCAGCCACAAGUGCCGGCGUCUUUGCAAUCAGAUCUUCACCAGCAAUUGGUGGGAUGCCAGGACCAGCUUUGAGAACGAGUGCAUGGAUCAGCCGGGAGAGAGGGAGUUGCGUCGCUGCAUUGACAGUGUGGAUGCUCCUUGCGAACUGGGUUGCCAGGGUCUCAGCUUCUGCUCCAACUUCAACAAUCGGCCGACGGAGCUCUUCCGGAGCUGCACACCCGAGCAUGAUGCAGCUGCUCGAGAGGAUCUGCAGCUACUGCAGCAGCGAGGAACCGUGAGGGUGCUCGGACAGGAGCUCUUCAUCAAGAAUACCAGUCGUUGUGCUCCGGAAAAGUGGCAGGCUUUGGUCUGUGCCCUCCAGCUCAAACCCUGCACUCGCGUGGAUCUCUUCAAUGGCAUCUGCAGUGAGGAUUGUCACGAGCUCCUGGAGGAGUGCCUGGAUUGGACGCGUCAGCAUCAGAGACCCAAGGAUAUUUGCUCCAGGCUAAAGGAAAAGGAUGAAGAUGCUCCACUACCAUGUAUCUCACUGGAGAGUUAUCUAAAGCCAGGGGAUUCCACUGCAGAGGAGUCCCAGGGCAUAACCUCUCCAUGCUCCAAGAAACCCUGCAAUGGCAGCGAGGUGUGCAUCCUUCAAAGGGGUGGACAUCAGGGAUACUCCUGCAUACCUGGCUGUAAUCUGGGACAGGAUUCCAAGCUCUUUGUGCCCUUUGGCUCGUAUGUGCGACUGGGAAAGAGUAAUCACAAGAAAAUCGAGGUGGGUCAAAUGCCGCUGGCCGAGCACAUUGUCUGCUCUUGCGGCUUAAAGGGUCACCUGGAGCAGUGUCAACCUUUACCCAGUUACAGUCAUGCCCACUGCAUCCUGCCUGGAGGCAGGAGCUAUCGUCAUGGUUCCUCCUUCUACCUGGAAUGUAAUCUCUGCAGUUGCUUUGCCGGUGAGAUCACCUGCACCAAGCAGCAGUGCCGGCUCCCGGGAUUUGCAGACUCCGGUUACACCAGUCUCCCGUGCAAUUGUCCCGCUCAUUAUGUACCCGUUUGUGGCUCCAAUGGGAACACCUAUCCCUCGGCCUGUGUGGCCAAGUGUCAUCUGCCGGAGGGAGACUAUGUCUAUGGGGCCUGCAAUGCUCGGAAUGCCUGCCAGGCAGCGGGUCCAAAUAGUUGUCUCCAAGGAACACAGUGCCUGGACAGGAGGAAGGUGUGCCUGGCCAGCAUGCAGCGUCCCUGCCUGCAGUAUGUGUGUGUCAAUGCCACCGCCUCCAAUUGCUCUUCGUUCCACCAGGUCGAGGUAUGCGACACUCAAGGACGCACCUAUCCCAAUGCCUGUGCCAUGCUGCAAGUUAAUCCUCAGGCUCAGGUGGCCUAUUGGUCUGCCUGUCAGUCGAGCAGGACGGUUGCCUCUCCCUCACCCGUUUGUGGCAUCAAUGGAGUGACUUACAAGAGCAGUUUUGCUGCUCGAGCGGAAUACGUAAUCGUUGACUAUGCGGGAAGAUGCCGGGAGGUUGGUUUGCUGGCCAGCGACAUGGGCAGAAGGUGUCGUACUGUGGUGUGUCCAGCUCCCGUGUCCAAGCACUGUCGAUUGAUUGUGCCCCCCGGAGCAUGUUGUCCUCUGUGUGCUGGAGGAGCUUUCCGCAUUAUAUACUCUCGAAAGCAGUUCGAUCGAGCCAUGUAUGGCCUGAGGGCGCAGAGCAACACGUUGCUUACGCUGCAUGGAGUGCUCCAGCAGUUGGAUGGACUGGUUCAGGUCAGCGAGUGCCAGAUGACCGGGUUCCUUACCAUGGAAGUGGGCAUCUUUGUGGCCCUCGUACCUGCCAGUAGUGUCAAGCGACCGACACGCCUUCAGCUAGAGGCCUGUGCCCGCGAAGCGGAGAAGAUAUCAUCCUUGAUCAACGCCCAAUCACCCAGGAUUACCACGAAUCUAGCGUUAUCCUGCCUGACGGUGUCACACCUACUAGAACCCACGCCAAAUGGAGCAUCCGCCAGUGGUGGUUAUCCCACCAUUUGGAUGAUGCUCCCCCUACUUUUGUUAGCGUUUAGAUUAAUCAUAGCAUAGGCUAAGGUGUUAAGGAGCAAAGGAGCCUGUAUGAUUUGACUCAAUCAAGUGAAUUCUUGGUGCCAAUUAAUCUGUUAGUAUAAGGAGAUGGAAAGUGCCUUCAACUUGUUAGGAAUUGACCCCUCUAAACCUUGUGAUAUUAGCUAAAAACAACAAAACAAUUAAUUGUUAAGAGAGAACCGAACCCUCUAUCAUUAGUUUACUUUGUAUCAGGAAAUGAUUAUUUAAUUUACUUAAGAGAGCAAGAAUCUUUGCUCAAUGAUAAUUAAUUAUUUGAAUCCCUGGUUACGUGUUCAUU